GUCGCUGAAGCCUUCAGCUGUCAGACUUUGGCCACCCUAAAAGUGCAGGUUUUGUUAGCAAACUAACUCGAACUGUACGAGCCGCGCCGACUUUAGUUAAAGUUGUGCAUUCAUCCGCUAAUCGAUCCGUGAGCGUGUGAGCGCGUGAGCUGCUGUUUGAAGCACCGAGGUUGCACGAGGACGAACCAUUUAGUUUUAAACGCUGCUAGUUUUGCACAAACCAGCGAUCCUGAGCGGGUGUAAGGCUAGAUGCAGGGAGGGAGGGAGUAAAAAAAGGCAAAAGUCUUUGUGCUUCCCUUCCCCCUCAUCAAAGCAAAGGGGAAAUGUCUCUGUCUAAAGGAGGGAAGAAGAAGAACCCUGGGCUGAAGCUGGCCAAAGAAGUGUUUGCGCAGCCCACACCUGCAGCAGCGCCCCCUCGAGAUCUUGACUCAAAAGCUUGCGUCACAAUUGGAGAUCAGAACUUUGUGGUGAAGGCCGAUGACUUGGAGCAGAUUGCAGAGCUGGGGAGGGGAGCCUACGGGGUGGUGGACAAGAUGAGACAUGUGCCCAGUGGUGUUAUCAUGGCUGUCAAGAGGAUUCGUGCCACAGUCAACACUCUGGAGCAGAAGAGGCUCCUGAUGGACUUGGACAUUUCCAUGAGGACAGUGGACUGCUUCUUUAUUGUGACCUUCUAUGGCGCCCUCUUCAGAGAGGGGGAUGUUUGGAUCUGUAUGGAGCUGAUGGACACAUCUCUGGAUAAUUUCUAUAAGAAGGUUAUUGAUAAAGGCAAAACCAUCCCCGAGGACAUCUUGGGCAAGAUCACAGUAGCAAUUGUCAAGGCAUUAGAGCAUCUGCACAGUAACCUCUCAGUGAUACACAGAGAUGUGAAGCCCUCCAAUGUCCUCAUCAACACUCAGGGCCAAGUGAAAAUGUGCGACUUUGGCAUCAGUGGCCACCUGGUGGACUCUGUGGCCAAAACAAUGGAUGCAGGCUGCAAGCCCUACAUGGCGCCCGAGCGGAUCAACCCUGACCUCAACCAGCAAGGCUACAGUGUCAAGUCAGAUAUAUGGAGUCUUGGUAUUACGAUGAUCGAGCUGGCCAUUUUGAAAUUCCCCUAUGAAUCAUGGGGCACCCCCUUCCAGCAGCUCAAACAGGUGGUGGACGAGCCAUCUCCACAGCUGCCUGCCGACCGUUUCUCCCCAGAGUUUGUAGACUUCAUCUCCCAGUGCUUAAGAAAGAAGCCAAAUGAGAGACCAGCUUAUACAGAAUUAAUGCAACAUCCAUUUUUCACCCUGCAUGACUCCAAAGAGACAGACGUGGCCAGUUUUGUCAAGGUCAUCCUGGAUGACUGAUGGGCUGCCUCCAGGCUCCUCCCCGUCAGGGUAGGCGGGGAACUCUCAGCAAACAAACCAAUGGCCUACCUUUUCUUUUUUUUUUUUUUUUUUUUUUUUUUUUUUUUAAACUCACUGGAAUGACAGACUCUUGUGCACCCACACACAACAGGGGUGGGGAGGUGACCCAAAGACUGACAGCAGCACUGGAGUGGGAUAGUGGUGGUAAUAUGAACUUGUACGGUCAAAAACCCAACUGGAGAGGUUUAAUUCGCUCCUUCAAGCUUCCUGUGUGUUCAAUUAUUCAACAUGACGAAUAUGAACUGAAGCCAAUUAGUUGUUUUUGUCUUGCUUUUCUUUUGUUUUUGCCCCACUGCCCCUUUUAUCUCUCUCUCUCUUCAUAACAGACAGAGCCAGCCAUUAUUUCUUUGUGACACAUAUUGUAUGAAUACUUUGAAUUUCAUCUGCAAAACCAACAGUUAAUGUUGUAUGUUGUUGUGUACUGAAAGCUAUAUUUGCAUAUGCGUUUGUAUGUUUUCUCAUUAUACAGAGUUUUGAUACUGUAUAUCAUCAAGUGUGAAUUUUACCGGACUUGGGCCUUAUUUGUCAGAUUGCAUCAGGUGAACUGUUCGACCUGCCUCUGCCCUGAGGUGAUUGGUCAAUGCGGGGGCUGCAGUUGUCGCGGGGCCGGGCUGUGGAAAGCUCCAGAGCCAAGACAAAACAUGUAGAAAAAAAAAAACAAAAAAAAAAAAAAAACAUGUCAAAGGUCACAUUCUGGACAGGGAGGAGUUGCAAGUCAUUCCUAGAUCUCUUGGCGGUGAAUGGCAGGAAUGUAAAGCGUCCAGUAUCAUCUGAACUGAUAUCGAUCCGAGCUGACCCCUCCGUACUCUUCUUCGUUCUCCGGUAUUAACGAGUCGGCUCCAGUGCUGCCAUUGUUACUACCUGGAAGUAUUCAGGGGUUGCCUAAUCAAGCUCACAGCUUUAUCUCUUUCUGUGUGCCAUUUUGCAAAUCGUUCUCAUGAAUUACUGCAUUAAUUGUGUUUUUUUUUCUUUUUUCUUUUUUUUUUAGACUUGUUCAGGCCUGCAUUUGAUUUUAUUACAGCAGCAUUUAAACUUAUCUUUUCUCCCUUUGGUCUACCUUUCUCAUUUUUGCAGUCAGCAUAGCCUUCUCAUAUGAGGCAUUUAUGUUUAUUUUUUUUCCCGGAUUCCUUAUUAUAUGCAUUACACAGACAGUAUGUUAGGGAAAUAAUUUAUGUGUUGAAGAUGUAAAUACUAUCUCCUUUUUUUUUUUUUAUGUAACAUGGCACUGUCCUAACUUGGCAGUGCUGGUGAGUGGUGGAGUGGUUGGUAUUAGUUAGUUUUAAUGCAGUGUGACACGCGCACACAAACACUUGUACUCACAGGGCCAGCUGACUGUCGUACACCUAUUUUGGACUGAUGUGCUGUCAGGCUCCACCGCUCAGGUUUCCGCGCUCUCCUUCAUACGGAGACGACCCCAUUUAUUUUUCCCUAGGUCGUGCUCUCCUUGACUGCUGGACCGAGAGCCUCUUUUCAGUCCACGGUGGGCAGCCAUUAUCUCUUCUGUCUGACCAUACUAUGCAGAGCCCCUUCGCCUCAGACACGCAGUAAGAGGCCCCUGCCAUGUGGCAUGUUUCCCUACUCCCAAGUGUUCAGAGACUGUGAUGAUGAUGGUGGUGAUGAUGGUGACGAUAGUGAUGAUGAGUGCCAUGCCUCUUUUCAUGGCCGGCACUCAUCGCCUCUCUGGUUUACACUGUAGUGCAACCUUUAUCAAAAGUCAGUGAGUUAGGAGUAUUUAUGAUUGUGAAUAAUAAGGGAAAGCUAGCAACACCACAAAGAAGCUGCUGUUUUUUGUUUUUAUUUUUAUUUUUUUCUUCAUUUUUUUUUUUUUUUUUAGUCGGCCUUCUUUGGAUGGCCAUUCCCUUGGUGUGUAAAAAUGAGUUUUUACACGAAUCACAAUGAGAAUGGAACACUUGCUCUACCUCUUACUCCUUCACUCUAUUUUACCACCUUUUCAGUGGGUGGGACUGACAAACUUGAACUAUGGAAAGACAAAAAAAUAAAGGCUUUAUUGUUCAUUA